CCAUUCUUGGAGGUUCAUGAUCUCUAUAUAAACAAAUCUUAGGAUAAAAUUUCUUUACCUAUCUUUUUAAAUUCACUUUAAUUCAAUAUCUCGACUUUUUCUGAUUGAGAAUUUCUUAUCACAUCUUUUUCAUUAUCGUUAUUUGAAUCAUUUAGAUCGAAGUGAGAUCUUACUAUGUCUUACAAACAUCAUGUCAAGAAUCCUGAUCUAGACCUCGAAGACUUAACACCCCUGACCCCAAACUCAUCACAAUUCAUCACAACACCCACCCAAAACAUUCCAAGAACCGAGAAGCACAAAAAUGGUAAUAAUAGUAAUAAUAGUAGUCCAACUCGACUUAACCAUCACACGAACGGAUCACCUAACCCUAAACUGUCAUCAAGUUUACGUCCCCAAAGUGUUUUGAGUGUUGCAUCAUAUAAUCAAAAUGGAUUCAAGACUAAUAAAUCCAAGGCUGAUUUGAAAAGAGGGAUCAUUGUGGAUUCUAGGUUUACUAGGUUAAAGUCUUGGAUGGUUAAUGAAGGUGGUAGGAAGAUCUUUACUUGGACUUGGAUUUUCGUUCAUCUUUUUGCAUUCACACUUGCUUUUUUAAAUUUUCAACUCAAAGAUAAUCUUACAAACGCUCGUUCAACUUUUCAUAUAACUUAUCCCAUCGCAAGAUCAUCAGCUUUAAUCCUACACUUAGACGUAGCUUUCAUCUUACUACCAAUCUGUCGAAACUUCAUCACAUUCUUAAGACGUUCGAUCUUAAACUCAGUGAUCCCAUUUGAAAAUAACAUUACCUUUCAUAAAUUCACUGGAAUCUCUUUAUCAAUCUUUAGUUUGAUUCACAUUAUUUCACAUUUAAUUAACUUUGGAUUUUUAGCUAAAUCUACUCAAACUGGUAUCAUUGGUUUCUUUGCGGUUAAUUUCUUAACCGGACCUGGUGCUACUGGUUGGAUUAUGUCUUUGGCUUUAGGUUUAAUUACUUUGUUUUCUAGAGAAAGUGUUAGAAGAUUAAACUUUGAAAGGUUUUGGUAUUCUCAUCAUCUUUUUAUUGUAUUCUUUAUGGCUUGGCAAUUACAUGGGAUGUUUUGUAUGAUUCAACCUGAUAGACCUCCUUAUUGUUCAUAUGGUCAAAUCGGUGUAUUUUGGAAGUAUUGGUUAGCAGGAGGGUUUGCAUUUAUAUUAGAAAGAACCUUACGAGAAAUCAGAUCGAAUCAUAAAACAUAUAUUUCAAAAGUCAUUCAACAUCCAUCUAGAGUAUGUGAAGUUCAAAUCAAAAAAGAAAAAACUAUCACCAGGCCCGGUCAAUACAUUUAUUUAAAAUGUCCUGAAGUUUCUUUUUGGCAAUGGCAUCCAUUCACCUUAACUUCUGCACCUGAAGAAGAUUAUAUUUCAGUUCAUAUACGCUGUGUAGGUGAUUUUACUAACCAGUUUGCUUUUGCACUUGGUUGUCGGUUUCCCAAUCUUAAUGAAUCGUCCAAAGAUGAAGCUAGUCAUCAUCAUCAAAUCAAACCUACUACUAAUAAUAAUCCUCAUCGAAUCUUACCUAGAGUGAUGAUAGAUGGACCAUUUGGAUCAGCAUCAGAAGAUGUAUUCAAGUUCGAAGCUGUAAUCUUAUGUGGUGGAGGAAUUGGUGUAACACCAUUUGCAUCAGUUUUAAAAUCGAUUUGGUAUAAAUUAAACUUGACUCAAUUCGAAAGAGAAAAACAAACACGAUUACAAAAAGUUUAUUUUUUUUGGGUUUGUAGAGAUUUCGAAUCAUGUGAAUGGUUUGGAUCUUUACUUGAAGCUAUUGAAGAACAAGACUUGGAAGGAAGAGUCGAACUUCAUACUUAUAUUACUCAAAAAUUAAAACCUGAUGAUGUGAAUCAUAUCAUUAUGUCUGGGGUCGAUAGAAGUCGUGAUGUGAUCACUCAACUCAAAUCUCCUACUCAUUAUGGUCGUCCGAAUUGGGAUCGAGUGUUUAAUUCUGUUCGAGAACGUCAUCCAGCUACAGAUGUAGGUGUCUUCUUUUGUGGACCACCUUCAUUGGGACAUCAAUUACAUCUUCAAUGUAAUAAAUGGACUGGAGGUGAAGAUGGUGAUACUCGAUUCUUUUGGGGUAAAGAGAACUUUUAAUAGUUUCUUAAAGUGUUUGAAUGUAUUUUUUGUUGUUGUUUGGAGUGGUUCAAGUUGAAAUAAAUAAAAUAAAAUAAAUAAAAACU